GGUUCCUCUGGCGCCUUGAAAAAAUAUAAAAAGAUAAAAAGAGAGACGACAGCGGCUGCUGAAGUUGAGUUGGGAGCCGGAGCGCCGGCACCGUGAACAUCUCCGGCGAGGAGGACCACUAUCAGAUAUGCGAAGGAAGCUCUACAACCGAAACCUUCCAUAUCUCUUUCUUAGGUUUUUUCACCUCGCAAUCCCAUUCGUAGGAUAAAAGAGAGACGAGAGACUCCGUUUCUGAGUGUUAAAUGAAUGGUAGAAGCUUCAGAACCAGCCAACAGUCAUCCAGAUUUUCCUUGGGAUCCCAUUUUCCUUCUAUUCUUCGUUGUUUUUGCUUCCGAGGCUUAGCUAGCUCCUAGCUGUCUCAUAACUAAACAAAAGGAAUCAUAGGGUAAAGAUUACCUGCCCCAUAUAAAGGUUAAAUCUGGAGCGUUGGUUUUAAUGGUGGAAUGGGUGAGAGCCACAGAUAUAUUCGAAUCCGGCGGAUAAUAUUUGGUCCUCAUGUGCGACUUGCGCACUACAUCUUUUGACUAUUUUAGUCUUGUCUGUAAACAUUCCUUCUCGGCGCAGCGGAAGAAGAUCGAGGUGAAGAUGGCGAUGAUGAUGAUGAUGAAAGUGGUGGUGGUGGUGGUGGCGGUGAUGCAGGUCGCUGCGAGUGAUACAAACAGGGCUUUCCAGCCGUGCUCGGAUACGAAGAUACAGAGAUCGGAUGGUUUCACCUUUGGGAUCGCAUUCGCUCCUAGGAAUUCGUUUCUCUACAACAAUUCGCAGAAUCUCUCUCCCUGCGACCGGCGCCUUAGUCUCUCGUCUUCAGGCUCUUCACUCGCGCUCUUCAGGCCCAAGGUCGAUGAGAUCUCUCUUCUAACAAUCAAUACCACCUCCAACUUCUUCCCGGAUUCUUCUGGCUACAUGGUUGCAUUUGCAGGGAGGAAAUAUGCAGCAAGGUCACCCCCUGCUUUUGUUGCAAACAGUACUUAUAUUGUAACCAGCUUUACUCUGGUUCUUGAAUUUCAGAAGGGUAGGCUGCAGAACUUUUAUUGGAAGAGAGAUGGAUGUGCUUCCUGCUCAGGAAAUUCUAAGUUCGUCUGCCUCAACAAACAAGACUGUGCAAUCAGAACUAGUAGCUGUAAAAGCCGAAGGGGGUCUGUAGACUGCAGCUUGGGAAUACAGCUUGCCUUCUCAGGUACGGAUAAACAUGAUGUUGUACUCAACUCAUGGUAUGAAGUGGAAAAUCUACGCCAGUAUUCCCUAUAUGGCCUAUAUUCAAAUCUCAAGAAUUCUCUCACCAGCCAGUUUAACAAUAUAUUUUAAUUUUUUUGUGGGCGUGUAUUUUGUUUGUGAUCAUAUUUCUUUUCCUUUCUUUGAACUGAAAUAUCAUUUCUUAUCUCCUUUUUUUCCCCUUUUCUUUCUCUCUCUGUGUAAUUGCCAGUGUGUAAAUUUUCAUUUGAGUAUUGUGAUUAUUUGACCUGUAAUUGGUAUAUGAUUUACAUCAUGGUUUUUGUUUGAA